AAACAAGGCCGCCUCUCGCUCGAUGACGCACAGCUCACGCUACGGUACGCCAUUUGUGUCUAGCAGCAAAAAAGCGCGCACCGUGAAAACAGUCGCAAAAUAAUGGGGUUUUGAUGUGGUUUUGAUGAUACCGCUGGAUUUCACAUUAUAAGGAUAUGAUAUGGAUAAACCACUGGUAUUAGAGGAGGGAAAUGUUGAGAGCAAAUUGGCUGAAAAUGACUCUGUAAAGGUGUCGCAAGCUGACACGGAGAUGGAGGAAGCCACGGGGGUCUCUCCUGGUUGUGCUCCCGAGCUCGAUAAGGCAGGAGAGGAAGGAGCGGAUAGGCCAUUGUCUGACACUGGAUGUGAGAAUGAGGAGAAUGUUUGCAAAGUUUGUGGCUUCACAACCAUGUACCCAAGAUCACUGAAAAUUCAUUACACGCGAAAACAUGGGAAAGUAAUUGAUAAGGAUCCUCGAGCUCAUGAACAAAAGGAAAAUAUUCUCAAUGUUGGAGAAUUAAGAGAGGAAUCCACCAUAAAGACAGAAGAAGAAGAUGGGGAACAAAACCACAGUCUAGAACAAGAUGAGCCGAGCACUGCCCAAGAAAGAAGAUUAAGCAAGAGGACUCCAAAACCUAAGAUUAUUUAUUCCUGCAACUACUGUGGACAUGAAUUUAGGGACAAAUCUCCUCUUGAUAUUCACAUUCAGAGAUACCAUGCCAAAGAUGUCCCUUUAACUUUUGAAUUAGAUGGAAACAUGGGGGAACUGGACGAAACCGUUGGGAGCGGCAGCACUGAAAAAACUGCGUCACCAAAAGUAGCACCAAAACGUGUUCUCAGUCGGUUCCAGGUGAAGUGUCCAAUCUGCGAUUUCAGGGUGGGUAAUGUUGCUGCGCUUGAAAAGCACACUCGGGAUAAGCACCCUACUCAAGAGUGGUUCCGCUGCAAAGUGUGCAACGUCAUUGCAGCAACUUCAGAGUGGAUGAAUGUCCAUCUGUCGUCAGAUGGCCAUUUGGAAAAACAAAAAGGAGAGAAAAGCUCUAAAGCUUCUUCAUUUGAACAUUGUGUUGAGAAAGUUACAAGAGACUGUGUGGAAGAUGACGUUUCCGUCGGUCGCCUCAAUCAAGUGGUUGCUGGAGAAGGAACGGCUAAUUCGACCGAAGAACAACAGGAAACCAACGAGCUGUCAGAGACAGCUGAAACUGAGGUUUCUGUUCAAACUGAUGAGGAAGACUCAGAGUUGGAACCUCCCAGAAAGAAAAGAGGAAGACCGAAACAAGGUGGUACUACCACUUGUGGAUACUGUGGUUUGGUUGUGUCCAACGCCACCAAUCUCAGUGUUCAUAUUCGCCGUAAACAUAGCAAAGAUUAUGGCUACAGCUGCAAUUUGUGCAACUACCACUGUGUAACUAAGGGAGAUAUGGACCGUCACUGCUUUACAAAGAAACAUGUGAAAAGAGCACAAGAGAGUUCAAAUAAGACCACAGCAGAGGCCAACACCAGUGCACCACUGCUGGAGAUAACCAGUACACCAGGUGCUGUCUUACAGGAUGCUGACACAACCCAAGAACAGGACAGAGAACCUCUUAUAGAAGAGAAAGAUGAAGAACCAACUGAGUCAGACAUUAGCCAGCAAAAAAACAGCCAUGACUUAGUUAAUGCUUGUAGUCUUUGUGAUUUUGUCACCCAAUCAGUCCCAUCCCUCCAUCUUCAUGUCAAGAGAAAGCAUACAAAAGAGUUUGAGUAUGUUUGUUUAGCCUGCAGCUAUUUUGCUAUAACCAGUAGGGAGAUGGCUCGCCAUGCUAGCACAGAGAAACAUAAACAAAACAGUCAAAGAUACCUGGAAUAUCAAAAGGCCAAAGAACCAAGAACUGACAACCUUUCUUUAAAGGAGGCCAAGAUCAACUAUCCUGCUGGACAGAAAUCAAACCCAGACUCAGAUGUGUCUGGACCUGUUAGUGAAAGUCCCUGUGAGGAUGUACACAACUCAGCUGCGUUGUCUGUCACUACAGACAUUAUUCGUGUCGUGGUUGGUGAAACUGUGGGUAGAGAUUUAAAGCAAGCAACAACUGAAACAUCAUCUACUGUCAAUAAAACAGAUUUUACAAACCAGACAGCUGACAUGACGGUGCAGACUUCAGCAGAACUUCAACUACCAUUAGAUGAGUCCAAAUAUCAAGAAAACCAGAACAUAGGGUCUACCCAAGCAGAAAAAGAGACUGAUGAUACAGUGGUUGUUGAUACACAGAUGUCUAAAGCCCCUCCAUUUGAUGCCAGUAUUGUAUCUUUCAAAGCCCUUACAGGGCAGGAGGUAGCAACACUGGAGGGUCUGGCAUUGGAAGGCGAAGCCUCUGUCAUAUGUUUGACUGGGGGAUCAAUAUCUAGCAGUAUGUCCCCAAGCUCUUCAUAUGUUCGAAAGUUAAAACCCAAGGAAGGGAAGGUGAGGGACGAAGCAAAAGGCAGCAGCUCUCGCAUACGCUGCGAGGACUGCGGGUUCAUGGCGGACGGGCUCAGCGGCCUCAACGUCCACAUCUCCAUGAAGCACCCCUCCAAGGAGAGGCACUUCCACUGCCUGGUGUGCGGCAAAUCCUUCUACACCGAAAGCAACCUGCACCAGCACCUCUCCAGCGCCGCCCAUCUCCGCAAUGAGCAGAACAGCGUGGAGGAGCUUCCUGAGGGGGGCGCAAGCUUUAAGUGCGUCAAGUGCACUGACCGCUUCGAGACAGAGCAGGACUUGUUUGUCCACAUCAAAGAGAAACACGAGGAACUCCUCAGGGAGGUCAACAAGUAUGUGCUGGAGGACACGGAGCAGAUCAACCGCGAGCGUGAGGAGAAUCAAGGCAGUGUGUGCAAAUACUGCGGCAAGGUGUGCAAGAGCAGCAACUCCAUGGCUUUCCUGGCACAUAUUCGCACGCACACUGGGUCUAAGCCCUUCAUGUGUAAGAUCUGCAACUUUGCUACUGCUCAGCUGGGAGAUGCCAGGAACCACGUGAAGAGGCAUCUGGGGAUGCGAGAGUACAAAUGUGACAUUUGCGGAUGGGCCUUUGUGAUGAAGAAACACCUCAAUACCCACCUGCUGGGAAAACACGGAGUCGGGCAGCGUAAAGAAAGGAAGUUUGAAUGUAAGCUGUGUGACCGCUCCUUCAGCGAAAAGUGGGCCUUGAACAACCACAUGAAGCUGCACAACGGGCAGAAGCCGUACAAGUGCAUCUGGCCGUCCUGCCACUACGCCUUCCUGAACCUGUCGGCCAUGAAGGACCACUACAGGACACACACCGGGGAGAAGUCCUACCUUUGUGAUCUGUGUGGCUUUGCAGGAGGCACUCGACACGCCCUCACCAAACACAGACGCCAGCACACGGGAGAGAGGCCAUUCAAGUGUAAGCUCUGCAACUUCGCCUCCACCACGCAGUCCCACCUAUCACGGCACAAACGUGUUCACACCGGAGAGAAACCGUACCGCUGCCCCUGGUGCGACUACAGAUCCAACUGUGCCGAAAACAUCCGGAAGCACAUUCUUCAUACGGGGAAACAUGAGGGGGUGAAGAUGUAUAACUGCCCCAAAUGUACCUUUGCCACAAACUCUCCCACUGACUUUCGCAACCACCUGAAGGACAACCACUCUGACAUCGAGAACCCGGACCUUGCAUAUCUACAUGCAGGGAUUGUGUCCAAAUCCUUUGAAUGUCGUCUGAAAGGCCAAGGAGCAACAUUCGUGGAGGCAGAGGCUGUGGACUCCCCAGAGCACAGGAAAGGCUCGCCCGAGGCAUCCAGCCAAGAGGAAGCCAUCCAGCAGGUCAUCAUCAUCCAGGGUUACGGGGACGAGGACGUAACCAUCGACCAGGCCCUGGAGGAGUCGGCCGCCGCCACCCUGCAGACGCUGGCCAUGGCCGGCCAGGUGGCCGAGGUGCUGCACAUCACAGAGGAUGGACAAGUCAUAGCCUCAGGCAGAGAGGUGGCAUCGACAGGAGCUCAUUUAGCUGGAGGCGCCACCCAGUAUGUGGUGGUGGAGUCCGGGGACGCCAGGCAGGAACUGCAGGCCGAUGAGGGUCAGAGUCACAGCGUUUCCGAGUCAUCCACCGCUCUGGAUGCUCUGCUCAGCGCCGUCAGCGAAAUGGGCCAUCAGGAGAGAAUACAAGGAGAGCCUGCUGUCGUUCAAGAGGUGCUCCCCCCCAGUGAUUCUGAGGAAGCCCACACCACUAUGGAGGUGAAGCAGGAGCAAGAGGAGGUGCAUGUCAUCCAGGAGUCAGGCCACGAAAACAUGCAGGAGGUGAUAAAGCUGGCCGCCUCCCAGAUGAUGAAGGAAGGCCUCACCCAGGUCAUCGUCAACGACGAGGGAACCCAUUACAUCGUGACCGAACUGGACGACUGCACCCUGCAGGUAGAGGGAGGGGUGUACGGGGCGACCGACGCAGCGGACGGGGAGGAGCAGCAGGUGGAGCAACAAGCAGGAGAGGAGAUGGUGGUCUACCUGGAUGGAUCCUCUCAUAGCAUGGUCCUGGAAGGCUGAAGCCUUUCUGUGAGAGAUCAGUGUCUUCACAGUGCGAACAUUACAACAUUACUUUGUCGGAUCUUCUUUGGAGCUAUGCAACAGACAGGUUAAAGGUAAUUUAUUUCAGGACGCAGUUUUUGGUGCUACUUGUGGCGUCGCCAUCAUUUAUAUGGACAGCAGACUUAUUUCCAUGCAACUCCACCUUUUGGAACGUCUGCAUAAAGCAAAUAAUAUGUUUAGCUUCAGCUUUGUGGUGCAGCUACAGUGAUCUAUGAGUUUGGGUUAUUGGCAGCAUGACG